UCGUCAGCGACGCGCAACUGCUGCGCCGCCCGCUGUCCGCAUGGCGCGCAAGGAUGAUCCUGUCUUGAAUGUGCGCUUUGUGCAAUUGGUCGAAAACCAUCCGUGCCUUUGGAACUCGACGCUACCAGCUUACAGCAAGAAGGACGAAACCCAGAAGGCCUGGCAGGAGGUCGCCAAUGAGACGAAAGACACUGUGCGAAAUUGCCGCGAAAGAUGGCGCACAAUAAGGAGUAGUUUCCUCCGAUCGUUGAAGUUGUCACGCACUAGUACUGGUAGAGGCAAGCGUAAAUAUUACCUAUCUAAGUAUCUGCAAUUCUUGAUUCCUUACACAAAGACGCGCCUAAAGAACGGCAGUUCUUCGUCAAGUAUAAUUGCGCAACGCAAAAUGACGCCGCAACCGCCCAUGACGCGCAUCAAUCACAUACCAUUACCUAUAGUCAGCAGUGAUGACACCAAAGAUUCCAAUGCCACAGAGGUGGCAAUAGCCGAGGAAGAUGUUGUGGUUUCGCUGCAUGAAGGAGCUACAACACAGCAGCAUCGCAUAACUGUGCAUCCGCCAAUGGCGGCCCCGUGCGCCAUACCAGUACCAGUCGUAAUUCCGGCACCGACCGCCAUCAAAACGGAACAGGGUACAACAACGCCAGAGCAUGGACGAUGUAUAGCAACAGCCGUUCCCAGCAUGAAUGCUUGUGCCAUCGUCGGUGGUGCUACAGGUGGCAGCGGUAAUGCGGCAAACAAUAGUGCUUUUGCCGCAGCAGCGGAUUCGCAACCAACUCCGCGUAGUGCAUCUGCCGUCGAUCUGACGGAGUUUGCCGAGUGGAUUAAAAGUAAAAAUGAACAUCAUCGCCAAUGUUUAAUGCCCUCCUCACCUGAUGCUGAUCAAUCAUUUCUCAACAGCUUGCAUCCAUUUCUGAAGGAAAUGUCCGGGAAACAGAAUCGUCGCUUCCGGCAGAAGGUGGUGGCGCUGAUUGAUGCCAUUCUGGAUAAUGCCGACUGAGGCGUACACGUGCGAUGCGUAACGUAUAGCAAAUGCGGUGGUUAAGGUGGUGUUGAUCGUGGUAAUGCCGGAAGUGCUGGGAGUACAGAGCCAAGAGCAAGUGAUCGUGGACGUGAACGUGAAAGUAGCAGUGGUGAAAACAGGGUAGACCGAUGUGAAAGUGAAUUGCGAUCGCUUUAUUUUCACAUCGAAGUCUACAAUAUAAGAUUUCAAAAAAAAAAAAACAUUACGCACAUGAACACCUUUAUACUCUAGCGCCUGAACGCACACUCACACACCUACCUACAUACACACAGUUAGACACUAAUACAUACAUUAUAUACCUGCAUGCACACCGAAACAUGUGUAUUGUGAAAUCUGUUGUUUUUAUUAGAGAAAAAUAUUUUUUGUUUCCAGUGGAAUUGAAAUAAAGGCUUUAUUUUUUGUA